CGCACUGUUUUCAGGAUUUUAAUUUUCGUGCAGGCAAGGCACUGCAGCACACAUUGGGUUGGCUUCAACGAAAUGUGAUUUCAGCGCGGAUACAAAAAGAAGAAUGGACUGACUUUGCCGGUUUGCUGAGAGUAAAAUGCUGCCGAUCGGGUUGAAAAAGGCGUUGGCUAAAUUGCAGUGCGCCAUGGUGCGGCCACAGUGUGGCGGAGUGUCCAAAACCAUCCUCAGCACGGCGCAACACAUGCGAGCCCUAAACCGCAACCUUUGCUCAGGAAUCAACGUUCUGUGCUGCACCACCUGCCGCCGAGAACUGAUCGAGUCGCUCAGGAGCAACCUCAGACUGGACAAGUUUAAAAAGAUUGGUCUCAAAAUCAUCAGCAAUGCCAUGAAGGAAAAGUCCGUAGUUCUUGCUGGAAUUUGGGCAAAGCAAAUCGAGUAUAUAAUGGCCCAGAGAAUUCGGAGAGGACAGCAGAUUCUAACAUUGUAUUCUCGCACGUGGGAGGCCAGGACCGCUGAGUUCGUGAUAAAAAGCAUGUCCAGGAGGAGCAAAAAUGCCUUGUUAGCCACCUGCCUGGCUGCUGUCUUUGACUGGGAGAAGGAGAAUAUUCCUGAAGAAGUGCUCUUGAGGCAUAAAAACGAACUCGAGUUAGUAAGCAAAUUGAAGUCGACCACCAUCACUUGUCAAAAGUGUGGUCUUCGCCUACUGAUAGACGCAAGAGCCCCUGGUGUGUCAUACUGCCGGUGCGCUAACAACACCACUUCUGCCAGAGCAGUUCUUGAAGACUGGCAAUCUACGUUGGCUUCAGAUGAAGAAUGGGUGCCCUUUAUUGAGCGUGAAGAUGUAAUCAUUUGGAGACAGGAACACAAAGAACACAAGGGUCAUUACGUUUACAAAGUUUAUGGAAAUUACUCUGACGUGGCAGCCCGAGAUUUUCUGAAAGUUCAACUAGAUAAUGAAUACAGAAAGAAAUGGGACCAGACUGCAAUCCAGCUUGAAGUAGUUGACUCGGAUCCAACUUCUGGCAGUGAAGUACUCUACUGGGAAGCAGAAUGGCCUCGGUUUUUCACCAACCGAGACUAUGUCUUCAAGCGGCGAACUCUGGUGGACGAGAAGAGCGGAGACAUCGUGAUACGAGCUGAGAGCACUUCCCACCCAAACUGCCCUGUGCUGAAACAGUGUCACAGGGUGGACGAGUACUGGUCCUACUGGGUGAUCAAGCCCGUCAACUCGGACAUGGAUGCUCCUGGACUGGAAUUUAGUUUGACGUACUUUGACAAUCCUGGACUCUCCAUACCGUCAGCCUUUACUUCCUGGGUUGCCAUGAGUGCUUUGCCAGAGUAUCUGACCAAACUGCGACGGGCCGCCAUUGUGCUGAUGGACGAGCGGUUCGAGCAGGAAAAGGUCAGACGCCUGGAGGAGGAGAAAGAGGAAAAGAAGCGCCUGGAGGAGAAGCAGGCUGAGAGCCAAGAAAAAGAAAAUACGCAAUCAAAGUUUUCCUUGCCGUUCUCACUCUCGUUACCAGACGUGGAGGAGCCAGUGGAGCCACUAUACCACCACCAGUUUUACUAUCUCUGAUUUUACCAAAGUAUGAGAAAAGGAAAUUCGCAGCGACUGACACGUGGCUUUUCUGUUGAUCCGAAUAGUCUGAAGAUUAACCAUUAAAUGCUAGAAAACUGUGCCUCUUUUGUUGGAGAGGUCAUGCGUUGUAACAUUUAAUACUAACAAAACUGCUGAUGACUUGGAUGAAACCUAUCCAUAUCAAUUAUUUUGUUAUUGUUAAUAUUGUUUUUUGGUUAAAAUGUCGUAAAUUAAAGGUAUCCUUUCAUGCAAGUUUUGAAAUUUAAUUUAACAAUUAGAUUGCGUUUCAUUCUUCGCCUUUAUCAAGUAAAUAAUUGUAAGCCUGAGACACGACCUGUCCUUUUAUCAUUUCAAGUACAUGGUGGGUUUCAUCCAAGUUUGUGCCCUCUCAACAUUCAGGCGGAACAUCUUGUAUCAAAAUGUUUCCUUUAAGCCCAAGUAAGAGAAGUUACAACAACAA